UCCAGAGUACGUUAGCAAGAAGUUGCGCGCGCAUCGUUGAGCAACGGAAAUACAUCCCCGGCAGUUUUCAAACACAAUAGAAGUAUCUAACGCUGAAAAGUACCAGCACCGGACUCAAAAUGUCGGGUUGUUGCGUUUACGGCUGUUCGAACCGGUACUCGCAGGACGGGGUUAAAUUCUACCGCAUUCCGGGGGUUAACCGGCCGCAUCAGAGGCUCUGAAGGCGGCUGUGGCUUCAGGCUAUCAAUCGGGUGGAUUGGACCGAGAAAACUAUGAAGAAAGCACGGGUCUGCGGUGCCCAUUUUAUAUCAGGAGAGGCGUCACUGGACUGGCAAGAUCCUGAUUUUGUGCCUUCUGUAUUCAUGUCCACUAAACAAAUUCAGAGACCUGGAGCAAAGAUGAAAAGGAACCAGAGGAAAAGAGGGAGAGAUGACACGGCGCACAAGUCACCAGAUCAACCCAGCUUUGGCAGUGACUCCAACACAGAGCAUGGUCCUGAUGUCCAGCAGCUGGGGGGGAUCAAAGAGGAGGAGAGCUGGAGUCCCAAACCAGACCAGGAGGACCAGAAGUCUCCAGAGAUUAAAAAGGAAGAGGAGGAGAAUGAGAUCACUAAGUUUAUAUUCAAUCCACUUCCUGUGAAAAGUGAAGAUGAUGAAGAGAAACCUCAGCUCUCUGAGCUCUCUCACAGCCAAACCAAGGAAAACGGAGACUUUUAUGAACCAGAUCGAUAUUUAGAAUCAGAUGGCGAAGAUAAAACUUCUGAUUCUUGUUCAGAGUCCUCAAAGACGGAUGUCAGUGAUGGAAACUGGGAGGAGAGCAGUGAAGCUCAGGCAGGUUUGGGGUCUGGAACCAAUAACACAGAUCCAGUUUGUGAGAAAGGUAAAAAGUUACACCACUGCUCUGAGUGCAGUAAAAUAUUUACCUGUAGACAGCAUUUGUUAGAACACAACAGGAUCCACACUGGGGAAAAACCAUUUAGUUGUUCUGUCUGUGACGAAACCUUUAUGCGGAAACCUUCUUUGACUCUGCACAUGAGGAAGCACAAUAAGGAAAAACUUUUCCGCUGCUCUGUUUGUGAUAAAACUUUGGCUUCUAAAGCAAACUUUAAAAAUCAUGCAAGAGUUCACACUCUGCAUAGGCCUUUUAAAUGUCAAUCUUGUAAUGCAGCUUUUAAAUGGAAGAGCAAUUUAAUAGAACAUAUGAGAAUCCACACUGGAGAGAAGCGUUACAGCUGCUCUGUCUGUGAGCAAACUUUUACAUGGAGACGAUCUUUGACACAACACAUCAAGAUGCACAGUGAAGAAAAACAUUUCAGAUGCUCUGUUUGUGAUGACACUUUUAUUUCGAAAGCUAAUUUAAAAAAACACUCAAAAAUACACAAAGAGAAAACUUUUGAUUCUUUAAAGUUGUCAGAUAAAGAUGGCAGUGAUGAAAACUGUGAGAAGAGCAGUGAACCUCAGUCAGCUUUGGGACCUGGGAAGAAUCAGACAGAUCCAGUUUAUGAGAAAGGUAGAAAGUUACAUGGCUGCUCUGAGUGCAGAAAAACAUUUAGUUGUAGACAAUAUUUGUUAAAACACAACAGAAUCCACACGGGAGAAAAACCAUUUAGUUGCUCUGUCUGUGACAAAACCUUUACGUGGAAACCAUCUUUGAUACUGCACAUGAAGAAGCACAGUGAAGAAAAACCUUUUAGAUGCUCUGUUUGUUGUAAAACAUUUGCUUCUAAAGGAAACUUAAAAAAUCACGCAAAAGUCCACACAUUGCAUAGGCCUUUCAAAUGUCCAUCUUGUAAUGCAGCUUUUAAAUGGAAGAGCAAUUUAAUACAACAUACGAGAAUCCACACUGGAGAGAAACGUUACAGCUGUUCUGUCUGUGACCAAACCUUUAUAUGGAGAAAUUGUUUGACACGACACCUGAAGAAGCACAGUGAAGAAAAACAUUUCAGAUGCUCUGCUUGUGAUGAAACCUUUAUUUCAAAAGCUAAUUUUAAAAAGCAUACAAAAAUACACAAAGAGAAAAAUUUUGAUUCUUUAAAGUCGUCAGAGAAAGAUGUCAGUGAUGAAAACUGUGAGGAGAGCAGUGAAAAUCAGUCAGCUUUGGGACCUGGGAAGAAUAAGACGGAUCCAGUUUAUAAGAAAAGUAGAAAGUUACAUGGCUGCUCUGAGUGCAGAAAAACAUUUAGUUGUAGACGAUAUUUGUUAAAACACAACAGAAUACACACGGGAGAAAAACCAUUUAGUUGCUCUGUCUGUGACAAAACCUUUACGUGGAAACCAUCUUUGAUACUGCACAUGAAGAAGCACAGUGAAGAAAAACCAUUUAGAUGCUCUGUUUGUGACGAAACAUUUACACAGAAACUAUCUUUGACAAUGCACAAGAAGAUGCACAGUGAAGAGAAACCGUUCGGCUGCUCUGUUUGUUGUAAAACAUUUGCCUCUAAAGAAAACUUUAAAAAUCACGCAAAAGUCCACACAUUGCAUAGGCCUUUCAAAUGUCUGGCCUGUCAUGCAGCUUUUAAAAGAAAGAGCAAUUUAACAGAACAUAUGAGAAUCCACACUGGAGAGAAACGUUACAGCUGUUCUGUCUGUGACCAAACCUUUAUAUGGAGAAAUUGUUUGACACGACACCUGAAGAAGCACAGUGAAGAAAAACAUUUCAGAUGCUCUGCUUGUGAUAAAACCUUUAUUUCAAAAGCUAAUUUAAAAAAGCACUCAAAAAUACACAAAGAGAAAACUUUUGAUUCUUUAAAGUCGUCAGAUAAAGAUGGCAGUGAUAAAAACUGUGAGGAGAGCAGUGAACCUCAGUCAGCUUUAGGACCUGGGAAGAAUCAGACGGAUCCAGUUAAUAAGAAAAGUAAAAAGUUAUACCAUUGUUCUAAGUGUCAGAAAAUGUUCAGCUGUUUACUGUAUUUGGUUGAACACAACAGAAUCCACACUGGAGAAAAACCAUUUAGUUGCUCUGUUUGUGAUGAAACUUUUACAUGGAAAACAUCUUUGACACUGCACAUGAGGAUGCAUAGUGAAGAGAAACCUUUCAGCUGCUCUGUUUGUGGUAAAACUUUUACUUCUAAAGGAAACUGUAACAAUCAUGCAAAAGUCCACACAUUGCAUAGACCUUUCAAAUGCCAGACUUGUAACUCGGCUUUUAAAAGGAAGAGCAAUUUAAUAGAUCAUAUGAGAAUCCACACUGGAGAGAAACGUUACAGCUGCUCUGUCUGUGACCAAACCUUUACAUGGAGACGAUCUCUGACACGACAUUUGAAGAAGCACAGUGAAGAAAAACCUUUCAGAUGAUCUACUUGUGACAAAACUUUUAUUUCGAAAGCUAAUUUAAAAAAGCACACAAAAAUUCAUGACGAGAAAACUUUUGCUUCUUUAUGUCCACAAAGAAAGAUGGCAGGGAUGAAAACUGGGAGGAGAGCAAUGAACCUUGGUUUGCAUGAAAUUCAACAUAAUUCGGCCCAGUUAAAAUCAAGAUAACCACAAGCAGAGCACCUUCUUUACGAGAGUCUUGUACAAUAACAAGGUGUCUUCAGUUGAGAUUUAUUUUAUUAAUUCCAGAGGGAAAGAAAAUGUAAGUCAUAUUUCUCAAUCAUAAAAGACUUGUACAUACUGAUGGCUCUGGGCAGGAAGUAUCUCAUUUAUUAUUUUUUUCUGACAAACCACUUUUACUGCUAUAUUCAAAUUACAGAUGAGUUUGACAUGGGUUUUACUAAUAUUAUAUAAUGCAUAAUGUGGAAAAAACAACUCUAGUUUAAGCCUGUAUUUAUGUUUAAAAUUACUUUUCUUUAAAAGUGUUUUGGCCAGUGUGUGAUCAGUUUAUAGACACAGGAAACUGAUAUCUAUUAGGUGGAAGAAGAUGUGUUAAAUAUGUGCAAAACUUGUUUCAUCACAACAGUUCUGCUAAGUGGAGGGAGUUUUUAAUGAAGACAAACUUAAAUCUAGUGACUAUCUUUGAAUUCAACUUGAUUUUUGUCAAACUUGUUUUUCUUCUCUAUGCUGCUGUGAGUUUAUUUUUUUUACUCUGUAGUUUUAUUUUUAUGCUUGUAUUGCUGUAUUUUGAACUGUGCAAUAAACUCAAGUUUUAUGUUUCUUACUAGAAUUUGAGUAAGCUUUUGCUUUAUAUGUGAAAAUUGCUAAGUAAAUGAAAUGUGCAAACUUCA